CUCUUGUUCAACUGUAGAUGCCACCACGAAUGAUAGUUGCCCCUCUGCAGCCACCAUGUCCCCAAGCACCAUGCCCGAUGCACUCGAAUCGAGGAUCGACAAAUCCUCAGCCGAUCGCAACCUGGAAAAUCUCGGAUACAGCCCCGAGCUGUCACGCAAUCGCUCAACCUGGCAGGUUGUCUUUAUGUGCUUUAUUCUCUCCUCCGUCCCUUACGGCCUGUCCACCACGUGGUCCUAUCCUCUGGCUGGCGGCGGUCCAGCCAACGUCAUCUGGGGCUGGGUCGCUGUCUCGCUGAUUAUUCUCUGUGUCGCUGCCUCGCUGGCGGAGAUCACUUCCGUCUAUCCCACGGCCGGUGGCGUGUAUUUCCAGACGUUUGUGCUGUCGCCCGUCUGGUGUCGCCGCGUCGCCUCGUGGAUCUGCGGAUGGGCGUAUGUCGCCGGCAACAUCACCAUCACGCUGGCCGUCAACUUUGGCACCACCCUCUUCCUCGUCGCCAGUCUCAAUGUCUUUGAGUCCGCCCCCGGCGUGGGCAUCACCGAUAACAUGCAGACGUAUCAAGUGUUUUUGAUCUUCCUGGCCAUUACCUUUCUGUGCCAUGCCAUCCCCGCGUAUGGGAACAAGUGGCUGCCCUUGAUAGAGUCUUGUGCCAUUUUCUGGACCAUGGCAGGUGUGCUGGCCAUCAUGAUUACCAUCCUGGUCGUCGCCAAGGAAGGCCGCCACAAUGCCGAAUGGGCCUUUUCGCACUUUGAGCCCCAGGCCGGAUGGCCGGCGGGCUGGUCGUUCUGCAUCGGUCUGCUGCAGGCGGCGUAUGCCACGUCGGCGACGGGAAUGGUCAUCUCUAUGUGUGAAGAAGUGCGGGAACCCGCCCGUCAAGUGCCCAAAGCGAUGGUGUGGACGGUUGUCAUCAACAUGUUUGCCGGUCUCUGCAUUCUCAUCCCGAUGGUCUUUGUCCUGCCCGAUGUCACCAUGCUGGUCAAUCUGGCCUCUGGUCAACCCGUUCCGACAAUCCUCAAGACCGCAACAGGAAGUUCCGUCGGCGCUUUCCUCCUCCUCCUGCCCCUCAUCAUCCUCGGUCUCAUCUGCGGAAUCGGCUGUGUGACUGCAACCUCCCGAUGCACGUGGGCGUUUGCCCGGGACGGCGCAAUCCCCGGAUCCAAAUGGUGGAAGGUCGUCAACGAGAAACUCGACAUUCCCCUGAACGCAAUGAUGCUGGGCAUGGUUGUCGAGAUCUGCCUGGGCUUAAUCUACUUUGGGUCGACGGCUGCUUUCAGCGCCUUUUCCGGUGUGGGCGUCAUCUUCCUCACGCUCAGCUACGCAAUCCCCGUCGCAGUCUCGUUGAUCUUCCGUCGUCGCGCCGACAUCAAGAACGGCAACUUCAACCUCGGAUAUCUCGGUGUAUUCUGCAAUGUAGUUUGUAUUGCGUGGAGUCUUCUCGCCGUUCCCCUCUUCUGCAUGCCGACGUAUAGCACCGUCACACUCGACACGAUGAACUAUGCCUCUGUCGUCUUCUUUGGAUUCGUUGUCAUCUCCACCGUCUGGUACUGGGUUUGGGGAUACAAGAACUAUGCCGGACCUCCUGUUGACGGGGUGGAAGGCGAUGCAGAGUCGGAGUCUGAGACCGCCCAGUCUGCUCAGGUUCAGGCCAAGACGAAGUGAUUGUAUUCUAUGUAAGAUAUAGUAGUUAGAUUAGAUAUCCUGCAUCAAUAAGAUGAUUAUAAUGCAUGACUCGCGUCGACCAAAUAGGUUUAGUCUGGCUGAAUGGGCUGAGUUUGGGGGCCGGUCUAACCGAAAGGGGGAGGUGACCAACCGGGGAAAUGAUCCUAUUGGCUGGAUAGUCCAGGGGCAUGCGGAAAUAGC